AUGAGCGGAUGUGGCGUUCUCUACCAUUUAAGAACCAAAAUGGAAAGUGAUUUAAAUACGGCAUUGGCUGUUACAUUAAUACGUAACAAACCUGUUGGAAUGGAUAUAGUGGAUUAUGUUACAAGUGUUCAGUCAAACAUCAUGAAAGAGGAGACUGAUUUGUUUUUUCAGGAAUUUUUAAAUGAUUCUGAACCAAAUAGACUGUUUAAUCAACAAGAUAUUAAAGAAAAUGAGUCUCUGUCUCUGUCAUUUAUGGAUCAUAAAAAUCUUGAAAAAUCAUAUACUAUGCCACAAGACAAGAAAAAAAUCAAAACUGACAAUGGGAUUUCUUCAGUUAGUAACUGUCCAUCUAAUUCAAUUCAAAAAUCAAAUACAUGUUUAAUUCAACCUGUUAUCACAAUGAAAACUUUAAACGAGAUGUCAAGAAUUACAAUUGAUUCUGGUUAUAACACAAAUGAUUUAAAAAUGAGUUUUCUGGAUAUCAAUCUUAAACCUACUGAAAAAAUGUCACAGUCAAUACAACAAGCUUUAGAUCUUCUCAUUUAUACAUUAUUUGAUACUUCAAAAUUAUUAGAAGCAGUUUGUAGUUGGGACGAUUAUAAUAACCUUGUAAGAUAUUUUGUUGACUUAGUAGCGAGUAUUGCAAAAAAUGAUGAAUAUUUGUUCACUUGCCGAGAUGAUGUGAUGACAUUUGUUCAAAAUACGGCAUUUACAAUUUUAAACAAUCAUCACUUAUAUAACUCUAUUCAUGUCGAGUACCAAUGUAAUCUACUCGCUAAGUUUUGCUACGACAAAUAUAUUCGAUGGAAUAUUAUAAAUUUACUUAUAAAUCGUCUUAAGAUUGAUGUUCAGAUCGUGCCCAGUUCCUGUUCACUUCGAAGCAUAUUUUACACUUUUCACUUGAUAGAUAAGUUGUUACAUAAAAUUGAUUUUCAUGUUACUAACGAGACGGCCAAUAAUAAUAAUAAUUUAAUUGAUUUGUGGAAAAUAAACCAUACAAAGCAAAACGGAAACGAAACCGAAACGAUUGAACAAAUGUUAAAAGAAUGGAAAAAUUUGUUGGAACAUAUUUCAAUGGAAGCUUUAAAGAAAAAUGUAUUUUUAUUAAGUAUAAGAGCGAAUCAAUGUUUAGAGGCUUUAAGGUUAAUACAACCUAAGUAACAUAGUUAUUUUUGUUUUGAUACAUUUAAAUUUGAUUUAAUGAAAUUGUAGGUAUACGAUAUACACAUAAUUUUUCAUAUGUUUUUGUGAAUAUCUUAUAGCUAUAACAUAUAAA